AAUGUGUCACCCCAUUCAUCCUGGCAAAAGGUUAUCGCUUACUUCGUCCGGAAACGGGAAAGGUCGGGGUGCGCGGGCCAUGCCCGCCUCGCCUCUGCUGGAAGAGAUAACGGAGGUCCCUUUGCUCCUCCACACAGGCUGGGGCGGGGGGGGGCUGGGUGUAUAAAUGGGGGCCAGGAAGCAGCAGAGGCACUGACCACUGGGAAACGGCCUCGCUGUGUCCACUCUCCUGUCCCAGGCUCCCUGUCCAGCAUGGCCAAGCACCCACUGCUGCUGCUGCUGGCCGUGUGGGUGCUGGCCGGGGGGCUGUGGCUGGAAGCCGAAGCCCGGGGAGGACCCUAUGGGGUGAAGCUUUGCGGCCGGGAAUUCAUCCGAGCGGUCAUCUUCACCUGCGGAGGCUCCCGAUGGAGGCGGUCGGACAACCUGGCCCAGGAAGCGAUGGAGGAUGCCUUCCCAGACCCUGGCCCCUAUGCAGACCGCCCGCUGGAAGAGGCAGCAGGCCCCAGUGACUGGCUGGUCCUGACCAAGCCCCCCCAGGCUCUCUAUGGCGGCCAGCCCGGCUGGCAGGGGACCCCAGGAGCUCUGCGUGGCAGCCGAGAUGUCCUGGAUGGUCUCUCCAGCAACUGCUGCAAGUGGGGUUGCAGCAGGAGUGAGAUCAGCAGACUCUGCUAGGCCGAGGGCCUGGGCAGCUGGGGGUACCCGGACAAACGCUGGAUACCUGUGUCUGGCCCCUCCUACAUCCAUUCAUCAGCCCGUCAUGGAGGUCAGGCAUGAUGGACUCCAACACAAUUCCCUCAGACGACUGACCUUCGGCCAGCCUCUCCUAAUCCUGAACAACCUGUACCCCUGCUUGGCCAAAUGGUUGCCCCUGCCCCUGCCCCCUGCCCUCCCCCCAGCCCACAUCAUGCCUUUGUCUGGAUCGCACUGUCCCCGACAGCGGAGCCUCUACUGCCCAAGCUGUGGCCCCUGCCCCCCGCCGGCCUGUAGGAGGCCCCUGCCCCAGCCCAGCCCUGCCACUCCCUCCCCCUGCGUUCCAGCCUCUCUCCCUCCAAAGCCACCUGCUGGGGUCCUACAGCUGUGGGUCCCAGGUUGGUUCCCUUCAAAUUCUGGGGUGGGAGGCUGGUCAGGGGACAGAUCAGAAUCUUCUCCAACCGCAAUA